UUUCAAACACGUGUUUAUCAAAAAAAAAAUACAAUACUUUAUUAAUGUAAUACAAAUGUGAAUUAUAAUAAUUUCUAAAUUACAAUGAAUUACACAAAUUUGCUGACAAUACUUGUGCUCAAUAUAUGCCAUAAAGUAAUCAUUUGCGGAGUUUUGGAUACUAUGGUAGACGUGAAGCAAAAUAACGCCAUCAAAGAAAUCCGUAUUUUAUACCAAUUGCCACACAAGGAAAAUAUACCCCAGGUCUACUCCAUAGUACGGGGGUCGCCACUACACGCCGAGAUUGAUUUUCUACCGACCUACAUACCGGCCAACACUGAAUACGUGGCCAUCACUGUAAUCGUACCGGAGUUCACGUGUUUUGGGCGGCAAUACAUACUAGGCUUUCACCGGGAGAGGUGGCAAAUGCCGGCCUGUCGUCUCUGUACUAAUACCGGCCAACAGUACACAAUGCCUGUAGUCUUAUACUUAGGGCCCGACAGUGGCUGUUAUGAUGGCCGAAUACCCACGUAUUGGAAAAUAGAGGCCGUCCCUUAUAACCGGCCACUCGAUGAUCAGACAGACCUCGUGAUAGGACUGGUAUACGAUAAGGACAAACAGUUUAGGAUCUGCACCACCGAUGAGACCGAAGAGUGUUUUAAUGCCAAAAAUAUAUUUGUGUUGAACCGACAGAGGAAUGGUAGCUAAUAGUAUGGGA